UUUUUCAGUGUUUUUAAGCACUUCAUAAUUUUACCUCAAACAGCUGUUAAGUGUCAAAUGCUUAUCAAUGUAUGACAUUAAGCAGAACGAUGUCGAGUCGAAUCCGCAGAGCGAUUUGUGAAAAAAUUUCACAGAUUACAAAGUGUGACAAUAUUUAUUAUGAGCUUGAUUUGCCCAUAAAAAAGCAACAAAGUUUGUUAAAGAAUCCCACGCUGUACUGGAAGCUAACAGGAGCAGAUCAACAGCAACAAGAAAUUCUGCAUGCAUUACCCGCUAUUAGUUUUCAGCAAGAUGUGGUACAAAAUGUGCGCAUACUACCGGCACAAGAUAAAUCAAGUAGAAUAGUGGAAUUUCUGUUACAACCGGAAGCAUUUAUAGCAGAUCUGUUAGAUGAAAAAUCAAGAAACCAAUCAAUACCGCAAAUCAAUAAAAAUGUAGUCUUCGAAUAUAGUUCACCGAACAUAGCAAAACCAUUUCAUGUGGGUCAUUUGCGUUCAACCAUAAUUGGAAAUACGCUUGGGAAUCUUUACAGGCAAUUAGGUUACAAUGUAACAAAAUUAAAUUAUUUAGGGGAUUGGGGUACACAAUUUGGCAUGCUACAAAUCGGUGUAGAAAUGUUAAAUAUAACAUCUGAACAAAUGAAAAGUGAACCUAUUGCUACACUCUAUAAUGCUUAUGUAGCAGCAAAUACGGCAGCUAAAACAGAUCCGAAUAUAACAGAAAAAGCACGUCGCUGUUUUAAUGAAUUAGAAAUUGGAACAAACAGUGAAACUACUCAACAAUGGCAACUAUAUCGGGAAUAUACUAUAGCAGAACUAGACCGUAUGUAUGCAAGAUUGGGUGUAAAAUUUGAUUUUUACGAUUGGGAAUCACAAUAUUCGCAGCAACAAAUUUCCAGCAUUUUAAGAAGUUUAUCCGAAAAAUCCUUGCUACUUAAUGAACGAGAUGGGCGUAAGGUUGUGCAGGUUGAUGACCGGCGUGUACCAAUAAUAAAAAGUGAUGGUUCCACUCUGUACUUAGCACGAGAUAUUGCUGCGCUAAUUGAUCGUUUUAAACGAUUUCAAUUUAAUGAUAUUUUUUACGUAGUGGAUAAUGCUCAAACAGACCAUUUCAAUGCGUGUUUCAAAACAACUGCUGCUCUUUGUCCAGACAUAUCAUUAUCAAAACUAAGACACAUAAAAUUCGGUCGCAUUUUAGGAAUGAGUACACGAAGCGGUAACGCAGUAUUUCUGCGUGAUGUACUUGAUGAGGCUAGAGACAUAAUGCAUGAGAAACAACUGAAAAGCACAACUACCAAAGUAAAUAUAUCCAUUACAAAUGACGACAAACUUGUGUCCGAUGCUUUGGGCGUAUCAGCUGUAAUUAUAAAUGAUUUAAAGCAAAGGCGCCAACGUGAUUAUGAAUUCAAUUGGGAAAAAGCACUUCAAGUCAAUGGUGACACUGGCAUUAAACUGCAAUACACACACUGUCGCUUAUCUAGUUUGCUUGAAAAUAUGGCUGAUAUCAAUACAAUAGAUGCAAUACCUAACCUCCAUUAUUUACAGGAGCCAAUAGCUGAAGAGCUACUUUAUGAAAUUGCGCGCUGUGACCGCGUACUAUGGCUCACUAAAGAACAACUAGAGCCUUGUAUUUUAGUUAAUUAUUUGUUUAGUUUAUGCAACACUACCAGUCGUGCUUUAAAAUUGUUAAACAUUAAGAGUGAAACUUGCACCAGUAAGCAACAAAAUCGCAUUUUACUAUUUCGAGCUGCCAAGCAUACGUUAAAUAAAGGCAUGAAAAUUUUGAGCUUAAAUCCUCUUAAUAAAAUGUAAUUAAUUAUUAAAUACAGUUUCGAUUCUAGUUUUA